CAUAACGCAAAGUUAUAAAACUAGCGUUCCCUGUAAUUUAUUCGGUAAAACGGUUUAAUAGCUCUAAAAUUGUUGAAUAUUAUUUAUUAGGAUAUUAACUAGUCCCACAUGAAUGUAUCGAUUUUUGAGGAUAUUUCAUAAUAAAUGUUUGUUUCCAUGGUAACAUUGUCACGCUGCUGUUCAACAUGGAGUUUAUGGGUAGCAGUUAUAAUGGAGAUUACAAAAAUGGCAGGAUGGAGGGGAUGGGGGAGUAUACAAUUCCCACUCAGACUAGAUAUGUUGGAGAGAUGAAAGGCGGCGUGUUUCAUGGAAAAGGAGUGCUACAUUUUCCCAAUGGAAGCAAAUAUGAAGGAGUUUGGGAGAAAGGAAUAUCCAAACAGGGAAAGUACACAUUUUCAGAUGGUCUGGAGUAUGAAGAGAGUGACUGGGAUUACUGUGAUGGCAAAGAUAGACGGUUCUACUCUGAGAGGUGUAAUGGCCUGAAACCAGCAGGCGAAUCCCAGUUAACUGACCAGGAUCCCCCGCGGGUCAUCCCUGAUGGUUGCUAUGACAGCGGUGAUGGCUUUUAUGAUCCUAACACCAGAGUUGUCAAGGACUACGAUGACAAUUUUCUCAGGAGCACAGAUGACCAAGAGCACGAGUGGAUUGUGAGGACCUGCAGGAAGGGCUGGGAUGAGUGCAUUGGCCAUUAUCCAAGAAACAGCACACUGGAAGACAAGUGAGAAUACUCGCACAAGAAGGCCAUUGUGAAUGUGUAUGAUCUGAAUUAGAUAUCAGUGCAGCUUUAUCACAUUAUUUCGUUUUUUUCUGCUUUUUAUUUGAAUGAAACAUUUAUAGAUACAAAAUCAAUUUAAAUAUAUUCCAAAAUAUAAAGUGUAUUUCUAUAAUGCAAUAAUGCACUAUACGUCUGUAUGUCAU